AUCUGCAGGUGAAACGGCACACCUUUACCUGAGAAAAAAAAGAGACCUAACCUUUACCUGUUACACGCGCACAUAAACACCUGAAGCAGUCACCUGGAGAUAUGCGGAAGUGAGGCGAGGAGCGGAGAUAUAUCGACGAGAUACAUGUUCAUUUAUUUAAAUGUUUUAUUAUAUGUGAUCGGUUGAUAUUAAUGACGGAGCGAUGGAGUAACCGGCAGUUCAUGAGCAAGCAGGACGGGACAUGUAGGCUGGCUUCUUGUUGGAUGUAACUUUUGCUUUUUUCUUCGAUCAACACUGGAACAACUGCCAACAUGUUCUACAAGGCUGUCGAGGAAAACAUUGAGCUGGGGGACAGAGAGAAGGACAGUCACAGCGCUGAGCAUUUACUUCCUUCACUGCCCACCCGCAGGACAUUUGACUACGUGCUGGUGGCCCACAUGGUGGACGAUGACACGGACCUGAAGGCUCAGAGACAGAGAGCCUUCAUCCAGCAGCUCGAAAAGAAAAACAUCAGCAUCACUAGGAUCAUCCAUGAUGACAAAGUGUUUUUCGGCCUCCGUGCUCCCAGUGAUAUGUUUCAAGACUACCAGUACCUGCUCAAAGUCUCCGACUCCUGCAACUGGUGUGGAGAUGUAAAGGGCUCUGUCAACCAGGCUACCAGGAUCCGAAUAGUCCAUUUUAUCCUUCAUCAGACCUUUAUCAACACAGGAGAGAACCUGAAGGAGCUGUUGAUGAAGGAUGUGUUUGAAACCAUGUUCUGCCUCCAUGAGAGAAAAGAGCAAAAAAGGCUGAGGAAGGAGUGGGCUCGAUGGUCGGGUCUGUUUACAGGCCAACCUGUCAUCGACGUCAAGCAGUACUUUGGAGAGAAAGUGGCUUUGUACUACCUGUGGCUGGGCUGGUACACCAAGAUGCUGGCUCCAGCUGCUGUUCUGGGUGUUAUAGUUUUCCUGUAUGGACUCGCCUUCUUUAACACCAACCCUCUUAUUACGGAAGUGUGUCAGGCCAGCAUCAUUAUGUGUCCUCGCUGUGAUAAGAGGUGUAAAGUGUGGCAGCUCUCAGACACCUGCACCUACGCAAAGGUCAGCCACCUGUUUGACAAUGAGGGCACUGUGGCUUUUGCUAUGUUCAUGGCAAUCUGGGCAACUCUGUUUCUGGAGCUGUGGAAGAGACACAGAGCCAGACAUGUUUCUCUGUGGAAGGUCUAUGACUGGUGUGAGGAGGAGGAGGAACUGAUUUUGGAAAUAGUCAAUGAUCCAAACUGUAAACCCAAACAGUUCAGACACUCCUACCGGCGCAGCAUCCUGGUCCUCACUCUGGUAACUCUCAUGCUGAUUCUGAUCAUUGGUCUUGCUCAAGCCCUGGUGGUGUUUCGAGUGGUGGCCGCCCCCUUGAUGUCUGAAGGCAGCUGGGAGUUUACCAAGGAUCAUGCCAACACUGUGGCUGUCAUGCUUGGAGCUGUGCUGCACUAUGUCACCAUUCAAAUCAUGACCCGGGUAAACAGAUGGGUGUCCCUCAAGCUGUGUGACAUAGAAAAGCUUAACUCAUUUGCAGCCACAGAGAGGAGCUUCACAGUCAAGAUGUUCACCUUCCAGUUCUUCACUCUCUUCUCCUCACUCUUCUAUGUGGCCUUCUUCCUGGGAAGGAUAAACGGCCAUCCAGGUGACUAUGUGCGUCUCGCUGGAUGGAGACUGGAGGAGUGCGAUCCUAGUGGUUGUUUGACAGACCUCUUCAUCCAGAUGGCCGUUAUCAUGCUGCUCAAACAGACUCUCAACAACGUCUUUGAGUUCACUGUGCCCUGGUUUAAGAACUGUCUGAGCAGAAGCACUGCGAAGAAGCUGGAGAGGAAGUGUGGUCACUGUUACAGGAAGGCCUGCCGCGACAAUCAGGGACGUGUUGAAUCUUGUGACGUCUGCAAACUUCGGGACUGGUUGUAUAAUUACCACCUGGCCGACACGAACGCCUUCAGCCUGUUCAAUGAGUUCUUGGAGAUGGUGGUCCAGUUCAGUUUCACCACCAUAUUUGUGGCAGCCUUCCCCCUCGCCCCUCUGCUGGCUCUCAUCAACAACAUCUUUGAGAUCCGACUGGACGCCAUCAAGAUGGUCCGCCUGGAACGGCGGAUUGUUGCAAGGAAGACCAACGACAUCGGCGUGUGGACGAAGGUGUUGGAGGCCAUCGGGGUGUUAGCAGUGAUUGCUAACGGUCUGGUCAUUGGAGUCUCAUCAGACUUCAUUCCGCGCCUCGUCUACCGUUACCGUUAUGGCCCCUGUGCUAAUGGAAGCACUAACACACACUGCAUGCAGGGAUACAUCAAUGACACUUUGGCCAUGGCUUUUGUGUCACACACAACAGUUAGAAAUGACUUUCGUCCAGAACAGAUGGUCACAGACAGCGGCUUCAACGUCACGCAGUGCAGCUACAGAGACUACCGGAGUGAUGAGGACUACACUCUGACUUCUCAGUUCUGGUUGGUUUUGGCUGUCCGCUUUGCCUUCGUCAUCUUGUUUGAGCAUGUUGUGGUGAUGUGCAAGUUUAUAGCGGCCUGGUUCGUCCCCAACAAUCCCAUUCUGGUGAAGAAUGAUCGGCUGCUCGACAAACUGGCACGGCUGAAGGAGGAGCUAAGUGUAAUUAAACGUGGCAAAUCAACAGAAGUCUGACCACGCACAGCUGACCUUGGAUCUGUCUCCACAUGAGUCCUGACUGGUUGAAUUGUCAACAGGAGAGAUGGUGUCUUCUUUGUACAAUUUGUAUCUGCUGUUGGAAAACGAGACUGGACUUUACUAAACUGUAAUGUGUGAGGUCUAUGUGUCAGGGUAUCAUUGGACUUUUGGUAUUGCAUAUUAGAUUAGUCCUGCUGACA